AUGCCACGCUACGCAAGCCCCAGCGCAGCGUCGCAUUUCAUGCGCCGCUGCCGCCGACAGCUCACGACCACGGCCGAAAACCUCCCCUACAACACGACAGCGUCUCAGCAGCAGCAGGAGCAGCAGCAGCCGCAACACCCCAUCAACGUCAAUAUACGCCCCUCACAGAUUCGGCAAACCCUUCGUCGGCCCCCUCUUCUCGCCAUCGCCUCUUGCUCCGGCCCAUCCAACCUCCCCGAACCAGAUAUCGACUUCCGCAGGACGAAGCGUCCGCAUGCUGGUGGUGCACUCUCGCCAAUGCCCGGAAUCCUCAACCUCUCCCAACCCAAAGCCCAAGCCGCGCCCGGCACGCGCGUCCCACCACCUCUGAAAGGCGAACCCUCCUUCUUCCGACGCAUCGGCCAAAAUAUCGGCUUGAUCUCCCCCAAAGCAGCCGCCGACAUCCCCCAAGACCCCUUCAACGUCUGGAACAACCCCUAUCGCACACACAAGUCGUGGCCGCCCAACUUCAAAGCGCUCGAACACACGCAGCAGUUGGCGUUUGAGAAGAUCUAUAAGCGCAGGAUUGCGCUUAAAUGGGAGCGGAAGGAGUUUAAGAGGUAUUUGUCGUUGAUUCAGAACGGGCUGAUUAUCGGAUUUGUGUUCUUUAUGGUUUGGAUCUAUGAUCUGGAGGAAGGCACGCCUUUUGAUGGGCUGAGGGCGUGGUUGUGGCGGCAUGUGGGGGAGAUGGAGAUGUUUCCUGAACGGGUGAGGGAGGAUGCGAAGAAAAAGAAUGGGGAGUAUAGUGUCAAGUGGCAGAAGAUUAAGGAUAGUUUUACGGAGAUCACGCCGCAGGAGGGCAUGAUUCCCGGAGGCGAUCCGAGGCAGAUUGUGAACCCGGAGGACGAGAAGAUACCUUGGGCGCAGAGGCAGCGGAGUCGGCCAUGA